GGCUACGCCAUGCCGGCCGUGAUCAUGGGUGUCUUCUCUAUUUUGGGGAUCAUUCUCAACCUUCCGGCGAUUGCGGUGACCGUGCGACACAAGCAGGUGAGGCAGCCUCUCAGCUACGCUCUGGUCAGCCUGGCUGUAUGUGACCUGGGCUGUGCUGUUUUUGGAGGGCUGCCCACCACAGUGACCACCACAAUGGGCUACUUCAGUCUUGGACUCGUGGGCUGCAUAUUAGAAGGCUUUGCUGUGGCCUUUUUUGGUAUAGCAAGUCUGGGUACAAUAGGAGUCAUUUCCGUGGAGCGCCACAUCGUGGUGUGCUAUCCAAUGGGUGCCGUACUCUUCCGGAACCAGGUGAGCUUGUUUGUGAGCAAGCUGCAGGUAUCUGAGGCUGGCAGCACACACCGAGUGGAAGUGCAAGUGGCACGCAUGGUUGUCGCCAUGGUGCUGGUCUUUCUGGUGACCUGGCCGCCAUACGCUAGCAUGGCCCUGGCUGUCAUGGUAGAUUCCACACUAAAAAUUGACCCGCUAAUUGCAACCAUUCCGGUCUACUUUGCGAAAAGCAGCACUGUCUACAGCCCCAUCAUUUACAGUUGA